CGAUGCUUGCACUGGUGCGGUUAACCGCUACAGAGCACUGCCAGCCUGGUCGGAGAGCACCUCUCACCGGCGGCUACGUGUCACGACCUUGUCCCGGCUGCAAUGCAUGCACACAGCGGUGCAAGCUGCGCGGAUGUCUUGCCUACGGAGACUGCGUGCGGCUAGACGAAUGCCAGCUCUGCCAGCCCAGCAGCAGAGAGAGCAGCGGCUGUGGCAGCCUGUGCAGAGCGCGCGACGGCACAUGAGGCUCGCGGCAGCAGCACACGUCGGUAUGGCCAACGCGCACCCGUUCGCGAGCCAUGCCGGCACCGCUUGAAUGCUCGUGGUAGGGACAGUCCCAGGUGUGCAGCGCAAUUCCUCGGCCUCAGGACUCGCAACAAAUGACGCACCGCCGCGGAUGGCUGGUGGUAGUGGCCGCAUACGCUGCCGCCGAGCCGGAGGAGGCCUGCACGCCGGCCGUACUGCCCGUGCUGGAUCUCGCGCCCUUCGCGGGCGGCGACGAUGACGCGCAGCGCACCGUCGCCCGCGCGCUCGACGCGGCCUGCCGCGACCACGGCUUCGUGGCGCUGCGGAACGUCGGCGUGGACCGCGCGCUACUCGCUGCCGCGUGGAACGCCUCCGAGGCGCUCUUCGCACUGCCGGAAGCUGCCAAGGCGCGCCUCGAGCCGUGGGCGGCGGCGACGAACCGGGGCUAUUCUCCACCGGGCCGCGAGCGCCUCAACGCGAGACGAAAGACGCGCGAGCCGAAGGAGGCGUUCAACGUCAAAGGCGCGGGCAACCAGUACGACGAGGCGCCUGCUCAGUUCGGAGCCGUCGCCGACGAGCUGUGGCGCGUCCUGGUCGUGGAGGCUGCUAAUCGGUACGCGGUCGCGGCCGCCCUGGCGCUCGACCUACCCCGCGACUUCUUCUCCAAGACGCUCCAACAGCUCGACCUCUGCACGCUGCGGUUCCUGCACUACCCCGCGCUGCCCCCGUCGGAAGAAGGAGAGGUCCUCCGCGCGGGCGAGCACACGGACUUUGGCUUCGCGACGUUCCUCUUCAUAAAGGGGGGAGCGGCUGGGCUGCAGAUGAAGAGCGUGGAGGGUGGCGAGGUGCGCGCCGACGAGGCGGGCGGCUGGCGCGACGUCGUCGUGCCGGCUGACGACGACGUCGUGGCCGUCGUCAACACGGGCGCGCUCCUGGCCCGCUGGACGAACGACCGGUGGCGCGCGACGGCGCACCGCGUGGUCGCCGGAUCAGCGGGCGCGCCUGAACGCUACGCCAUCGCCGCCUUCAUCGACCCCGACGCGGACGCCGCGGUUGCUGCUCACCCCUCCUUCGGAGCGUCGCGCUACCCGCCCACGACGGGCCUCGCCUUCUUGCGGAUGAAGCUCGACGAGGCGAACGCGUAGACUGUCCUGUACAUAGAUGUUGAUAAUGACUUUGGUGUGUAUUUCUGUUCGAUCAUCUAGGACUACUUGAUCAACAAUUUACCCGACAGAACUAGAGCUCGUUCGGCACGCGCGGCAGCUUCGGCAUGAUGUCCUUGAAGCCCGCGAGCUUGUCGGGCGGGAAGUCCCCGACUUCGGUGGAGACGGCCAU